UCCUGCGGUCGCCAUGAUUCUUCCUGGCUUGACUGUCAGGGGAAAGACGGUUAAAUACUUUUAAAGGUUAUAUUUCUGGGUAAAGCGCAACAUUGCCAGCCUAUCCGUGUUUUCGGUUGAUUAAUUUAUGAAUUAGCGACGCAGACUGGGCGCGAAAUGGAGAAACGGUCUGACACCACAGGUGUUGGAGGUCCCCUUCCCCUGUCCUCCCUCCGCUUGCUGUCUUCCCCUCUGCAGCUGACGUACUCGUACAUAUGGCAGGUCAUCCGGCAGAGAAACGUCAAGCACUACGGGAAAGUAGAGGAGUUUGUGACCAUGGUGACGCAGACGGUUCCUGAGCUCAUAAGCUUCAAGCAGACCGCCCAACUCGUCUUGGGGUUGAGAGCAAGGAUCAUUUUGGAUUUGCUUCACAAAGACGGUCCACCAGAUUCCAGGGCUAUUCAAACUCUCAUCAACAAGCUGAAGGUGUCGGCAUCUUCAGGGAAGGACUCAGAGGUGGAGAAAUCUCAAACGAACUUCAUGGUGCUGGUCCAGAAUCUGCUUAAAAACCCUGCUGAGAGGAAGCGCUUCUUCCAGGAAGUGUUCCCCAUUCAUUACGGCUCAAAGUUUGAUACAGCACUGCAGGCUCUGACUGCAGGUCUCGUGUGCAAGCUGGAGCAGCUCCUUCCUGUACCAAAUCUCUCUCAGCUUGGUGCCAUGAUCUCAGCAGACCCCGCGGUCCUGGAGGCAUGUGGAGGCUUCAUACCCAACUCCGGAGACCUGAAGACUCUCCUCCUGCACCAGCAGGCCAAGGGACUCCUCGGAGUUAAAGCAACCAUCUCGUCCUCAGUGGGUGACUGUGUGUUCACUUCACUCGCCUUCCGGCCUAAACCAGCAGAGCCGCCGGCACCACCACCAGAAUCACCAAAGCCAUUAGAGGUCACCGCUAACCAAACAAGCCCAGCCUCCCUCAGUGACGCUGAAGACUUGGGAGUGAUGUCAGACGACUCUGAUGGCCCGGCAGCUACUGAACCGCAGGGCAGAGGGCAAAUUAAACCAGCUGAUGGCAGUGCUGAAAAGGAAAAGAGUGUCACAGCAACUCCUCAGAGGGAGAAACUGGCGCCGGAGAAGAGUAGCACACAGGAGCAGCCUGCCACAAAUCUACGAAGAGGAGGGGAUGAUGCAGCGCCAGAAGCACCAAGUAAACCAGAACCACAGCAGCUUCCCUUAAAGUCUAUUCCUUUCCGAGUCGUUCAAAUGCCUGUCAAAUCUGCUUCCAGCUUACAGAACGCUGGAGCAAAAGACGGCCAAAAGCCGCAGACUCAGAGAGUCACAUUGCAUCAGUGGGUGUCACAGAUUGCCACUAACUCGCUCUCACUCCCAGCCCUGCCACCACUUCCUCCCGCCAGGUUGAGUGCGGGGGAUUACUCGAAGCCAAGCAUACGAAGAAAAAAGCAAAUCCGGCCUCCUGCUGACAGAUUCACUUGCCCCGUGUGCGACAAGACCUUCCCUUACCAGUCCAAGUUAAUCGACCACGAGCGCAUUCACACGGGAGAGAAGCCAUUCGUGUGCUCGGCGUGCAACAAAAGCUUCCGAACACAGGCGUUCCUCAACAACCACCUGAAGACCCACAGCACCAUGCGGCCUUACGCCUGCGGCCAGUGUGGGAAAUGUUUCGUCAAACUUCAGAGCUUGACGAAGCACAUGCUGGCCCACAGCGGCCAAAAGCCCUUCUACUGCAACAUCUGCAACAAGGGCUUCACGCAGUCCACCUACUUCAAAAGACACAUGGAGUGUCACACGAGUCAGAUGACCUUCCCGUGCAAACACUGCAACAAAAGCUUCCCAACGGCCUUCAAGCUGUCGAACCACGAGCGCUGGCACACCAGAGAUCGCCCUCACAUGUGCGAGCGCUGCGGGAAGAGGUUCCUCGUUCCCAGCUUGUUGAAGAGACACAUGGGGUACCACAUCGGCGACCGCCAGUAUCUCUGCUCGCAGUGCGGGAAGACCUUCGUGUAUUUGUCCGACCUGAAGAGGCACCAGCAGGACCACGUGCCAAAAGCAAAGAUCCCGUGCCCCGUUUGCCAGAAGAAGUUCUCCAGCAAGUACUGCCUGAGGGUUCACCUCCGGAUCCACACCAGAGAGAGGCCCUACAGGUGCUCCAUAUGCGAGAAGACCUUCACCCAGGUCGGGAAUCUGAAAGUGCACAUCAGGUUACACACCAACGAGCGCCCAUUCAGCUGCGACGUGUGCGGCAAGACCUACAAGCUGGCGUCCCAUCUGAACGUCCACAAAAGGACUCACACGUGCAAGAAGCCCUGGACGUGCGACACGUGCGGAAAGGGGUUCUCCGUCCCCGGGCUUUUGAAGAAGCACGAGCAGCUGCAUACGAGGGAGGCUAACCCUGACUUCUCCGGUAAACGGAGACACAGGGGGAAGCACAAGAAGCACUCCCUCAAGAGGAAGUAUGAUGAGGAAGACGAGGGUAGUGGCGACGAGUAUUAAUCAAGGAAACAUUUUGUAUAAAAUAAGGAUGCUCCGAUUAGGGCCGAUUACUGAUACUAAAACUAGCUAAUUCAGAUAGCUACUGCAUAUGUAACUCUUUGAACCAUGUAACUUUCUAGAUUUGUUAGCUUGUGGUGGAGAUCAGGUCAUCACGAUGGUUUUGGUUGUGAAAUCACAUUUGGAAUAAUGUUCGGAUAUUUUUUUUCUGAUCAUGGAAUUUAAAUUUGAGUUAAAACGUGACUUGAUGAUUGGUGACCGGCUCCAGUCUUGGCUCCAGCUAGGACAUCUUAACUAAUAAAGCCUGUUGUUUUACUGUACAUCAGUGCUGUUUUUCUAUAUAGUCAGGUGAUGUGACAAAAUUACACUGUGAAAUCUGACAAGUUGAUCUUACUUUUA